GUUGACACAUGAGUGACAGCAAAAUUUGACAGAAUUUUCGAGGUUAGUCAUGUUGUUUUAGGUUAGGAUUUUUGUUAGCGUGUUUAUGAACCUUUUGUUGAAAAUAAAGUCGGAUUAACAACUUGUGGUAUACAAACCAACAAUUUAGCAGUUUCCCAAAGGCGCUUCGUUGAGGGAUAACCUACCAGAAUGUCAUUUCGAGGUGGUGGAGGUCGAGGCUUUGGUGGUGGCAAUCGCAACAGUUUUGGAGGAGGCGGGGGAGGAAGAGGAGGUUUUGGAGGGGGAGGAAGAGGAGGUUUUGGAGGGGGACGAGGAGGCAGAGGAGGGGGUAGAGGAGGCGGAGGCAGGAAUUUCGAUCAGGGGCCACCUGAAACUGUUAUACCUUUAGGUUAUUUUGACUACACUGUGCAAGACGAUUUGGUAUGCAAGGUAGAAAUCGAAGAUGUUCCCUUUUUCAAUGCCCCCAUCUACCUUGAAAACAAGGAACAAAUUGGAAAAAUAGAUGAAAUUUUUGGAAAUGUGAGAGAUUAUUCUGUGACUGUUAGACUAGGAGAUAACAUGAAGGCUAACAGUUUCAAACAAGCAGAAAAGUUGUUCAUUGACCCAGCAAAGCUGCUACCCCUGCAACGAUUCCUGCCCAAAGCACCCGGUUCUGUGCAGAAGAGGGGCGGCGGUCGAGGAGGAAGAGGCGGUGGUGGGGGUAGAGGGCGAGGUGGCGGCGGUUUUGGAGGGGGAAGAGGGGGAGGAUUUGGAGGUAGAGGAGGCGGUGGAGGUGGUAGAGGAUUUGGAGGAGGAGGACGUGGAGGGGGAGGCUUUGGAGGAGGAGGUUUUGGAGGUAGAGGCAGAGGAGGUGGAGGAGGAGGAGGUAGAGGCGGCGGAGGUGGUGGCGGGUACAGAAACAACAAGUGGUGAGACAAUGGUGGGUAUUGUCACUUGAGCAUCAAACAUUUUUUUUAUUACUCAGAAGCUCAAUAGUAUUAUUGAUGGAAAAGUGUUAUUAAUGUUUGAAUGUCAUAACACUUGAAGAACAUUUGAUAUCAUUUUGUGAUAUUAAUGCCAUCAUUAGUGUUCACUAGGGGGAUGAGUGAAGUACACAGAGGGAGAUUACCAAUGGCCAGCUGACAUUGACGAAACUAGCUCCAGGCUACUAGUGCUCUCAUAUCCUUCCUUGAUUGACAGACAGAUCAAGAUUUGUGAUGUGGACAUGUACAAAAAAGGCAUCAAAAAUAAAGUUCUGUUUUUUGCAAUUCUCAAAGAAUCUCUAUUUAAACCUUGCAAUCAAAUGUUAUAUUUUAUCUUAGAAAUUAUUCUGAAGAUUAAAGUGAUGUAUCGCCUGUUUUUACAGAUGUGUGCAGCAAUAGAUGCCAGAGGAAAACUAGAAUUACCCUGUUUAUUUUUUAACACAAUAUCAAUUGUACCAGGUAUAAGUGUGUUCAUAUUGAACUGUUGUUGAUGUUAAUAGUGUGUUGGAUAAUUACAAACAGUAUAAUUAAUGAAACAUAUUUUUCUAGUGUAUGAGUGGAACUAGAAGAAGACAUGAUUUACGCCUCUUCCAAAAAUCCUGUCUUUUUUUAUUAUUUUGUCCAGUUUGUGUUUGUAUUCCAUAAUAAAUCAUUUAAGUUUUGUAUUUUAUAUAGGUGAGCAAUUGUAAAUAUAGAUGUUUAAGGACGAUUUUUAAAUAAAAUACCCUCAAACAAAUUACUAA